GCUGCGCUGCGGGCGGUGCCGGGCAGGUCGCGGCGAUGGCGGCGGUGUAGCUGGGAGCGGGCGGCGCGGGGCCACCAUGAUCAUCGAGAGCGUAGACGCGCUCAAAUCCUGGCUGGCCAAGCUGCUGGAGCCCAUAUGUGACGCUGACCCCUCAGCCUUGGCCAACUAUGUCGUGGCGUUAGUCAAGAAAGACAAGCCCGAGAAGGAGCUGAAAGCUUUCUGCGCUGACCAGCUGGAUGUGUUCCUGCAGAAAGAAACUUCAGGGUUUGUAGAUAAACUCUUUGAAAGUUUGUACACCAAAAGUUACCUUCCUUCUGCUGAGCCCACAAAGGCAGAGGCAAAGCCUGCAGGGCAAGAGAAAGAAGAAGUCAAGGAAGAGUUGUGUGUUAAACAGAAUUUUCAAGAGUCUGUUGAAGAAGAGCGGGAAAGCAGGAAGAAGAAGUAUUCCAGUCCCCAGAGGAGCCGUGCAGAUUCCAGUGAGCAAAGAACCAGAGAGAAAAAGCGGGAUGAUGGGAAGUGGAGGGACUAUGACAGGUACUAUGAUAGGAGUGACUUGUACAGGGAGAAGUCUGGCUGGCGCCGGGGCAGGAGUAAAAGCCGCAGCAAAAGCAGAGGGCUGAGUCGGAGCCGCAGCCGCAGCAGGGGCCGCAGCAAGGACCGGGACGGCAGCAGGAGCGGGCUAGUUCAGGUCUGUCGGAAAAGUAAGUGGCACAGAUUACAGCAUUCCACGCACCUUGAGACCGCGUUAGUUAAGGGCAGAGAGCACCGAGAGAGAGAGAGAUCAAAAUACAAGAGUGAAAAAAAUGAUGUUGAAGGCUCAUAUAAUCCAGUGUCUGCAUCUCCCAGUAAAUCCUCUGAACAGUAUUCCUCUACACAAGCUAUUCCCAGUGCUGUAACUGUGGUUGCACCUGCGCACCCCCUUGAAGGCACCACAGAGAGCUGGUCAAAUUACUUCAACAAUCACAGCAAUCCCAGUUCAUUUGGCAGAAACCCUCCUCCUAAAAGAAGAUGUCAAGACUAUGAUGAGCGAGGCUAUUGUGUCCUUGGCGAUCUCUGCCAGUUUGAUCACGGAAACGAUCCUUUAGUAGUAGAUGAAGUCUCCUUGCCCAGCAUGAUCCCGUUCCCCCCGCCGCCGCCGGGGCUACCGCCGCCACCGGGACUGCUGCUGCCGCCGCUGCCGGGGCCGGUGCGCGGGCUGCGCCUGCCGGUGCCGCAGCCGCACCCGCAGCCCCCGCCGCCCGUCGUGCUGCCCGUCCCGCGACCACCUUUAACACAGUCCAGCUUGAUCAACAGUCGUGACCAGCCGGGGACAAGCGCAGUGCCCAGUCUUGCACCCGUGGGAGCGAGGCUGCCUCCUCCUCUGCCUCAGAACCUGCUCUAUACAGUGUCAGAACAUACAUAUGAGCCAGAUGGCUAUAACCCUGAAGCUCCUAGUAUUACCAGUGCUGGUAGAUCUCAGUAUCGGCAGUUCUUUACGAGAGCACAAAUGCAGCGUCCAAAUCUAAUUGGCCUAACAUCUGGGGAGAUGGAUACAAACCCUCGAGCUGCCAACAUUAUCAUCCAAACUGAACCUCCCAUUCCCAUUACAAAUAACAGCAAUGUCACUAGAGUUGUUCUGGAACCAGACAGCAGGAAGAGAUCUCCAAGCAGCAUGGAAUGUCCACCAUUGAAGAAACCCUGGUUGGGAAAGCAAGUGAACAACAACCAGAAUAAGCCAGGGUUUUUGAAAAAGAAUCAAUAUACUAAUACAAAAUUAGAAGUUCGAAAAAUUCCACCAGAAUUGAACAAUAUUACACAGCUCAACGAACACUUCAGCAAAUUUGGAACUAUUGUAAACAUUCAGGUGGCUUUCCAGAACGAUCCUGAAGCUGCUCUCAUUCAGUACUUGAGCAACGACGAGGCGAGGAAGGCGAUUUCCAGCACGGAGGCAGUGCUGAGCAAUCGGUUUAUCCGGGUGCUGUGGCACAGGGAGAGCGAGCAGCAGCCCCCGGCGCUGCAGCAGCAGCAGCCGCCGCCCACCCCGCAGGCGCUGCAGCACCUGCAGCAGCAGGCGCCCGCCGUCACCGUGCACAGCAGCCUGGCCAAGGUGAUGAACAAACCCCUGGCAUCUGGUGCCUACGUCCUUAACAAAGUCCCGGCGAAAAGGCGCCUUGGAGCAGCGGGCGGGAGCCAGCCUGAGCUCAGCCAGCCCGGGGCUGGGGUGGAGGAGUCUCAGAUAUUUCCUACUUCUACAAGCCACUCAAAAAUGGUUUACAGUUCUCCAAACUUGAAGACAACUCUGAAGUCUGGUGCAGGGUCUAAACCUCAUGACGUGCAAGAAGCCCUUAAAAAAAAACAGGAGGCAAUGAAACUCCAGCAAGAUAUGAGGAAAAAGAAGCAGGAGAUGUUAGAAAAACAAAUAGAAUGCCAGAAGAUGUUGAUAUCCAAGCUGGAGAAAAACAAGGCUAUGAAACCAGAAGAGAGAGCAGAAAUUAUGAAGACUUUAAAAGAACUAACAGGAAAAAUAUCUCAGUUAAAGGAUGAAUUAAAAACUUCAUCUACAACCUCCACACCAUCCAAAUUGAAGUCCAAGACAGAGGCACAGAAGGAACUGUUGGAUGCAGAGCUGGACUUCCAUAAGAGACUGUCCUCUGGAGAGGACACGACCGAGCUGCGGAAAAAGCUCAAUCAGUUACAGGUGGAGGCUGCCCGCUUAGGCAUCCUGCCUGCUGGCCGAGGAAAGGCAGUGUCAGCCCCAGGAAGGGGCCGGGGCCGGGGCCGUGGGGGCAGAGGACGGGGGAUGCUGAACCACAUGGUGGUGGAUCAUCGGCCCAAGGCACUCACCGUGGGAGGCUUCGUGGAAGAGGAGAAGGAUGAAUUGUUACAGCACUUCUCUAAAUUUGGAGAUAUCGAAGAUCUUCAGGAAGAGGAUUCCCCAUUAAGUGUUGUUGUAACUUUUAAGUCCCGCUCAGAAGCUGAGAAUGCUGCUAACCAGGGAUCGCGCUUCAAGGACCGGCGGCUCCAGAUCUCGUGGCACAAACCCAAGGUACCCUCUGUGUCCACAGAAGUCGAGGAAGAGGAGCCCAAGGAAGAGGAGACUGAAACCUCAGAUUUAUUUUUGCACGAAGAUGAUGAUGAUGAUGAUGAAGAUGAGGAUGAAUCCCGUUCUUGGAGAAGAUGAAACUUGAUGUUCGAAAUGUAUAAUUUUAGGAAUAUAGUUCAAACUACAUCUUUUAAACGUUUAUUUAAGGAAGUUGAUGAGCCAAAAAGAGCUUUACUUUCUUUUCAAACCACAGAAUUUACCAUGAGCAGUUUGGUAUGAAAACAUUUGGGACACAGAGCUGUGAGACUGAGCUAGCCAAAGGCCCAGGAACUUCUUACAGGAUUAUCAAGCUCACCAGGGUGGUGAUUUUUUUCUAUUUAAGAAGGAUAAAAAGGGGGGAGGGGGUUGGAAAUCAGUAUUUUCUUGUCCUUUUUUUGUGUCACCUGUAUUACCUUGUUUUGGGUUUUUUAUAAUGUGAUUGGUUUGUUAGUUUAUAAUUGAAAAUAUAUUACAGGUUUUAUUUAGCAAUAUUACGAGGUUAGGGGAAAGACAAACUUUCAUUAAAUAUUAUGAAAGAAAAACUGGCCUCAUUUGCUCGUUGAAAAAAGGGAGCAUUUUAUUUCCUGUGGAGUCUCAUGUGGUAGGAAUUAUUUGUGGUUAGAUUCUUAAAUCAUUUACUUCAGUAUGUGUGACAGCCACACUAUCUCUAUGUUGUGCUGCUUUUUGUGAGAGGAGGUGGAAGAAACAAUUUAACAGGAUAUUGUUAUAACAUUGUCCAGUUCACUCUGUUUCUCCAAAUUCUGCUUCACAGAAAACAUCAGCAGGAGCACACACUUCAGUGGAUUUUCACUCCUCCUUGAUUUCCUUCUGUCAUUUCAGUGUAAGGCUCAGUGUAGGUCAGGCUGUUGUUUGCAUUUCAGUAUUUGUGAGCAAGAAUGGAAGGAGUUCCAGUCUUCGUCAGAAGCCACUGAACUGGCCCCUGUCUACCAGCCAGGAGCAGCUCUCCUCUGGCUGUUCCCAGCUGUGUUCCAGGCAGAGCCCGGUGGGGUUCAGAGCAGGUGGGGUAGAGCAGGGUGGGGUUCUGCCCACAGGGCUGGGGUGUCCUGCUUAGCCAGCCCCACAGCAGGGUGCAGUGUCCCAGGGCUGCUCAGAGCUGGCUGUGCAGGGGGUGUCCCUGUGUCCCCUUCUCAGUGCCUCCCUGCUGUCCCUGGAACCCUCUCUGCUGUCCCAGGGCUGCUCAGAGCUGGCUGUGCAGGGGGUGUCCCUGUGUCCCCUUCUCAGUGCCUCUCUGCUGUCCCUGGAACCCUCUCUGCUGUCCCAGGGCUGCUCAGAGCUGGCUGUGCAGGGGGUGUCCCUGUGUCCCCUUCUCAGUGCCUCCCUGCUGUCGCUGGAACCCAGCAGGGUGUGUGCUGAGCCAGGGGCUGAGCUGCCUCUGGGCUCUGUGCCUUGUGGCUGGGCCACCCAGCAGCCCCUUCCCUGACUGCCCACUUGCCCUGGCCACUCCCCAACAGGUUUUUUGUGCACUUCUACACAAAAUCAGCGCUGUGGCCAUGCACAGCACUCUUCUCUCUUGAAUGGCUGCCAGUAUAGGCCCAGUAACUCUUGCCUGAAGGACAGCAUCUACCCAGCCCUUUGCCUACCUGUGGCUCUGAGUGUGGCCAGGGCAGGUGCUGAGCACCCUUUGGGGUCCCAGCCCUGCUGACUCUAUCCUUGUGCUGUGGUGAGGUAUCCAACUUGUGUAAUGUCCUGUUUCUUGUCAGCUGGAGGGAAUGUCUCCAGUAUUCUGUCUCUUUCCAAACCUCUCAUCUUCCUAGAAUUAGGACUGUUCUCUUAAUGCUGAGACUAAAUUCCAGGCAUGAAGAAUUGGAGGAGAAACCCACCUCAUGAACUUACAAGAAUGUCUUGCUCUUCUCCCAUCACCUCUAGGGGUUUUAAUGUCUGUGGCACUGUGUGUAUCUUGAGAAGUCCAUUGCAGCAAAUGUGUCUGAGUCCUGACAACUUAAAAAAGGAGAGAGGGAUCAAAAGGAUUUAUAUAUUUUUUUGUACAGAGUUUUUUCUUAAACUGUAUAAUUUUGUAAAUAUUUUGCUUUUUUGUGUACUAAAAUUACUGGCGUAUAGAUUUCAAUAAGAAUUGUUGUAUUUUUGUAUUUGGAAAAUGAAAAUUACAGUGGAUUAAUUAAGCUGUAAGAAAAAUUGCGGUAGCCUUCGACACACACAGAAUGGAUUCCUUUUCAUAUGGUUUUAGCUGUAAGUGACACUGGGGUGGCACCUGUGUCAGGUGAGCGAGCGAGGGCCAUCUCUGAGAGCUGCAUCCCCUUGCAGUUUGCCCUCACGGGUCCCCUGGCAGGCUGGCCCGAGUGCCAGGUGCCACCCCAGAGGUGGCAGUGCCCCCAGCCUGGCUGGCCCCGGGGGCAGAGGAGGAGGAGAGGAGCUGUGUGACACUGGCCUGCCUUUUGCCAAAGCUUAUGCACCCCGCUGUAUUCUAGGGCAUGCUGGGCCUGUCUUGGGGUGGUUUGCCUUGGAUUUCUGCGUUUCCAGAGGCAGCGGGGCAGGACAGCUGAGUUCAUUUCAUGGUGAUGCUUUCCAGGACACUCAGCUGUACCCCAGCCACGUGUACCAGCCUGAGCCGGGGCACCGACACCGAAGGAUGAGGGGAUGGGGAAAGGAAGUCACUGCAAAGGAUUCCCUCCCUUUCUGUGCUGCAUUAACCUGAGCAAAAAUAAACAAAACCACCUCAAUUAUGAAACCAGGCACCUGCUUAUGAAAGCACCACUUCAGCAAAAUCAUGUGAAAAGGAACAAAGCUCCUCUUGGUGUAUAGUAACCUUGUACUAUAGUUUUUACAGAUUGUGAACUUGUGUAAUAGGAUGAUAGCAGAUAUUGUUGAAUUUCUAAUUGUUUACACAUUAAAAUUCAUAUAUGUAAUGUUUGUUUUAUUGAUUACAAGCCAAAUUUCUAAGAUGCAUGUUGACUUCUUUUUCAAUAAAGUUAUAGUAUGGAAUGGUUCAA